CAUUCUGCCGAGCUAAGCAGUGUCUCUCAUUUGAAAAACAAAGAUUUCUUUAGCUUGGGAUAAACAAUUUACCUCAAGAAAUGAAAAAAAUGACAACAUUUUAGAGUGGGAGAGACUUGACAAACAUACAGGUGCUGCUUGUGUUUUGUGCUAGGUGUGAAAGGGGGAGAAAAUGUGCAGCCAGACCAAGCUGAAAAAUAGGGCCACAGAAUACUUAGAUGUUGAUGCCUUACAAGCCAGGCUUUUAGGAAAAUGCCUUUAACCAGUGGGAAGAUGCAGUUGGACAAGGAGAGGAAGAUUAAGAGAAAUUUGUUGGCCUUAAAACGUGACAUGGACGCUAAAGACCUAACAGAUUAUUUUAUAGAACAAGAAAUAUUUGACUUCCCAGAUGUAGAGAGGAUCAACGGUUAUAAUCCGAACACAACUGACAACCGGAAUAACUGUUUUUUCCAGUUAUUAUUCCAAAGUGGUGAUCGAGCGUAUGAUGUGUUUUUGUAUUCUUUACGUCAAAAUCAGCAAGAGCAUUUAGCUGAUAUGAUUGACAAUACACAGCUGAAUGAUGGAGCUGCCCAGCAACAAGCAGAACCACAUAGUUGGAUAUACAACAUGCCUCCAAAUGUACGAUUCCGAAGAUUUACAGAAAAAGACGUCAGUCGUUUUGCUCAGACUUUAGGCAAUGAUUGGCAGCUUGUAGCGUAUGAAUUGGGACUUACAAAAGUUGAAGUAGACCAUUGUAUAAUGGAGCAACAUACUCCAGUUAUGCAGAUAUAUGCAGCAUUGCAAAAAUGGAGAGUAAAAAAUCCAGCUGCGUGUACUUUAGAUAACUUUGUAAAUGUAGUAAGGGAUUGCCAAGCUACAUCAGUAGACUGGGAUCAGAUGUAUAAAACUGCUGCAAGCAUGUGAUCAAUUUUAAUACAGGGAUAAAGUUCUGUAAUUAUAUGAUAAUUGAUGUUUCAAGCCCCUUUGUGAUCUUUUUCAUAUGACUGAUGGAUCAGUUUUGAUAAUCAUAUCUGUGUAUAAUUUUAUUGUAUAAUUUUUAGCUCGACUAUACAAAGUAUUUGGAGAGCUAUCCUACUCACCCCGGCGUCAGCGUCUUUCCGCAUCCCCACCUUGGUUAAAAAAAAUUUACACUUUCUAUUUUUAGCUCAUCUGAUUUUUUGAAAAAAAAUGAUGAGUUAUUGUCAUCACUUGAGCGGUUGUCGGCGUCGGCGUCGGCGUCGGCGUUGCCUGGUUAAGUUUUAUGUUUAGGUCAGCUUUUCUCCUAAACUAUCAAAGCUAUUGCUUUGAAACUUGGAAUACUUAUUCACCAUCAUAAGCUGACCCUGUAUAGCAAGAAACAUAACUCCAUCUUGCUUUUUGCAAGAUUUAUGGCCCCUUUUGUACUUAGAAAAUAUCAGAUUUCUUGGUUAAGUUUUAUGUUUAGGUCAACUUUUCUCCUAAACUAUCAAAGCUAUUGCUUUGAAACUUGGAAUACUUGUUCACCAUCAUAAGCAGACCCUGUACAUCAAGAAACAUAACUCCAUCUUGCUUUUUGCAAGAUUUAUUGCCCCUUUUGGACUUAGAAAAUCAGUUUUCUUGGUUAAGUUUUAUGUUUAGGUCAGCUUUUAUCCUAAACUAUCAAAGCUAUUGCUUUAAAACUUGCAACACUUGUUCACCAUCAUAAGUUGACCCUGUAUAGCAAGAAACAUAACUCCGUCCUGCUUUUUGCAAGAUUUAUGGCCCCUUUUGGACUUAGAAAAUAUCAGAUUUCUUGGUAAAGUUUUAUGUUUAGGUCAACUUUUUCUCUUAAACUAUCAAAGCUAUUACUUUGAAACUUGCAACACUUGUUCACCAUCAUAAGCUGACCCUGUACAGCAAGCAACAUAACUCCAUCCUGCUUUUUGCAAUAAUUAUUGCCCCUUUUGGACUUAGAAAAUCAUUUUCUUGGUUGAGUAUUAUGUUUAAGUCAACUUUUCUCAUAAACUAUCAAAGCUAUUGCUUUAAAACUUGCAACAGUUUUUCACCAUCAUAAGUGGACACUGUACAUCAAGAAACAUAACUCUAUCCUGCUUUUUGCAAGAAUGAUGGCCCUUUUUAGACUUAGAAAAUCAUGGGUAGGACAAUAUUUCUAUUACACAACAAAAUCAGAUGAGCGUCAGCACCCGCAAGGCGGUGCUCUUGUUUCUCCUUAUCUCUGUAAUUACUUGAUGGAUUUGCUUCGAACUUAAAAUACUUAUUCCUCAUCAUCACCCACAUCAUAUGGCACAAGGGCCAUAACUCUCACACCAAUAUUUUAUGAAUUAUCCUCCCUUUUUACUUAAAAUUUCAGGUUAAAGUUUUGAUGCACUUUCACUGUAUCUCAGUUAUUCCUAAAUGAAUUUGAUUCAAACUGAAAGUAGUUGUUUCACAUCAUCUCCCACAUCAUAUAACAAAAGGCCCAUAACUCUGGUACCAAUAUUUAAUGAGUAAUCCCCCUUUUUACUUAGAAUUUCAGGGUAAAGUUUUAAUAAACUUUCACUCUAUUUCAGUUACUAAAUGGAUUUGAUUCAGAUUAAAAGUACAUGUAGUUGUUCCACCUUAUCACCCACAUCAUAUGCAGGGCUAGCGCUGGAAUGGGCAUUUUGAGCAAAAUGCUUAAAAUGCUAAUUUUGGCUCAAGACAAUUCAGAAAUGGCUCAAACUCUAAAAAAAACCUACUUUAAGAAUUAAAAUCAGUCAAUUUUAUAUAAUGUUAUUUUGGACCAAAGAGUACCAAGACAGACUGUGACAAAACAUGCAAUAAACAAGAGGCACAGUCCAUGGUCCAUUAACACCAUCAAGUGACAAUAAACCUGUGCCCUCCGGGGUAAUUAAAGGCCUAGAUUUUGGCAGUGGGCCAAGGGGUUUUUGUCUUCACCAGCACAGUUGGGGGCUAAUGACCAUCACAGUAUGGCUAAAAUAAACAAGGGUCAUUGUUUAUUGGAAAGCCAGUCUACCUUACAAGUGUAUCUAUUAGUGAGAAGGGGAAAUUAUGUAAUUUAUUUUAAAUUAAUGAAUAAUUGAUAACUUUUAAAGUUAUACUAAUUAUUUUUGGCAUUUCUAUGUAAAAUAAGAUAAUCAGAAACUUAUUUUCACAAUAAUGAAAUAAUGAGAAACUUAUUAAAAGAAAUAUGCAAGUUUUUAUUUUUUCAAAUUCUGUCUGGAGAAUUGUGAUAUUUUAGAAAAAUGUGACUUUCACUCAUCUAAAGCUUGCAGAAUACUGUAAAUAACAUUUGUCUAGAACUGAAAACAGAAUGUGCAUUUCAAAGUUACAAAGCAAAGCAUGAAAAAAGUCACUUUUGGCAACAUACUGAAAAGGAAAAUUGAGCAUCUCUCACAGUUUGUUUAGCUACAUUGGCACUGAUUAAUGAAUACACAUGGAUCAAAGGUGUUUGUUUGUGGUACAAUCAUGCUAUGAUUGAAGUUCCUUGAUUGAAUAAAAUAUUGGUCCUUCUGUUAUUAUCUCAUCAAAAGACAAGAUUAAAGUUUGAUCUUUAUUGUUCAAAAAAGAUUGAUUAAAUAAAAUUAUUUGAAUGAGUAAUUCAUUAUUGAUGGCAAUAAGUAUAUAUUAAAAUGUUUUUAAAUUCAUUUCUUGCUUGUCAUUAUGGCUGAGAAACUUAGUUCCGAAUCAGGUAGUUUACCUCCUGCAAAGAAAGCAAAAUCUGUGAAAAGUGAGACUAGGACUCUAAAUCCAGCUAAAAAAUGGAAAAUAGAAAGCCACUGUCCCCUAAAAUAUGACGAGUGUCUUGUAUCAAGUUCCCAAAAGAUUAUUGGAGGGGGGGGGGAGCAAAUGUCCGUUUCAGAAAUAAGGACUGGGGGAGCAAAUGCCCAAUCUAACAUUUCAACUGAGGGGCAAAUGUCCAGCAGUCCACUUUUUCAUGGGGGGGUGGGGGGGGGGGCAAAAUGUCCUUGGGGGCAAAUGUCCGGAUCCCGGAAAAUAGACUUUUUCAAAUAAAUUCAUCCUUGAUGCACUGUUUUGCUUAUUAUUACACAAGGACAGACUAUUCAGUUAUGAAGCAUUUAAUAUGUUUCAAUAUUUGUGGAUAAUGGUGUUUUCUGCUGCAAUCAAAGCAUUUGAAUAGCUUAAAGCCCAAAAGCUUCUGGGGGCACAGCCCCCUGUGAACCCCACCAAAGCCCUGUCUUGGACACGCAAAUGGGCGUGCGAGCCUCUUCGAUCUACGGCGUAAAUAUUUGGCUCAAACUUUUUUCAACCCAGCGCUAGCCCUGAUAUGACACAAGGUGCAUAACUCUUGCACCAAUAUUUUAUUAAUUGUGUCCUCUUUUUUGCUUAGAAUUAUACUUAUAUAGUGUUUUGAUACACUUUAUCUUUACCUCUCUUAUUACUUAAUAUUUUUGACACAGACACAAGCUAUUGUUCAGUAUCUUCAUCCACCAUUGGAGUCAUUAAAUACUCCAGUGACAGCUCCAGUUUCCUCAGAUGUGCCCAGUUUCACUAUCCAUCAUUGAAAUAGUCAAGCGCGCUGUCUCCUAUGACAGCUCUUGUUGAACUUCUUGUAUAGUUUUUAUUAUUGUGGAAAAAUGUAGUGAAAUCCAAGGAGUGAUUUACUUUUGAAUGAGUUACAUGUAUACCUAAAGCAGUAAAUCUAGGUAGACUUUAGUGAUUA